AUGAAUUCCCAGCAUCAGUGGGUACUUGUUGAAAGACCUACACAAGAUCAAGCCAACCGCAAUCGCCGCGGAGAUGAGGUAGAUGGUCUCAGUUCCCACUCAUCACAGACUGAGAGAGGAACUAUCAACUUUGCGGAAGAUGUGAUCACUGGGUCUUUGGAAAAUGCAGUUAUAGUCGAGGUCGGUAAGAAUGCGUAUCUGCCCUGUGACUACAGUCUACCUGCACAUGGGACACCUGUGCCUGUGUGCUGGGGCAAGGGAUCCUGUCCUUGGUCACAUUGUGGUGCCAAUAAAGUGCUCAGCACUGAUGAAAGAAAUGUGAUACAUCAGAAAUCCAGAAGAUACCAGCUAAAGGGGAAUUUCCUCAAAGGAGAUGUGUCCCUGACCAUAGAGAAUGUGACUCUAGCUGACCGUGGGACCUACUGCUGCCGGGUAGAAUUCACUGGUCCAGGGAAUGAUAAAAAAGUAAACCUGGAAUUAGACAUCAGACCAGCCAAGAUCACCCCGGUUGUCCCUGCUCGUGGAUACCCUACUCCAACUUCUCCAAGAACCCUGACUACCAAGGGAGACGGCUCAGAGACUCAGACUCUGGGGACCCUCCAGGAUAAAAGCCAAACACAAAUUUCCACAUGGACCGAUGAAGUGAAGGACUCUGGAAAAACCAUCAGAACGGCUGUCUAUAUCGGAGUAGGAGUUUCUGCUGGGCUGGCCCUGGCACUCAUCUUUGGUGUUUUAUUCCUUAAAUGGUAUUCUUAUAAGAAAAAGAAGUUACAGAAUUCAAGCCUCAUCACACUGGCCAACCUCCCUCCAGUGGGGCUAACGAAUGCGGGAGCAAGCAGACACCGGUCGGAGGAAAACGUCUAUACCAUCGAGGAGAACAUCUACGAAAUAGAGAAUGCCAAUGAGUACUAUUGCUACGUCACCAGCGGGCAGCCAUCUUGACCACCCCUGGGCUCUCGCUUUUUAAGGCUCCCCUUCAUUUUUGACUUUGUGGUUUUCCUUUUUGAACACUAUGAGAUAUAUCAUAUCUGAAAAGUUUGGGAGGUUCUGUCCACCAUGAAGUGUUCCUGUUUUCUAGGGAUAAUUAGCUCAUAAGGGGAUUCAACUGUAGCCUAUACUAUAUUGAAAUGCAUCAUUACCUCUGAGUUCCAGGGAUAGGAUCUCCUCCAACCCAGAGAGUGCUAAUCAUGGAUAUUGAAGCUCACAUGUGCCUUCACACAUUAGGAAUGCUUAGUCUGAUAUCUCUGGAGUACCUGGACAUUCGGGAUUGUGGUGUGUCCACAAAGCUCUUCAACAGGUACGGGGAAUAUUAGGCUAAGGGAGAUAGGUGCAGGUCUGUGUGGAUGCAGGCAAUCUAAAGUGACCACUGAUUUUCCUAGAGAUUUCGGACCUUGAAUAAUUAAGAAAAAGUCAGGUGGCACAUGCCUAUGAUUACAUAACUUACGAGGCUGAUGAAGGAGGAUCGUGAGUUCAAGGCCACCCUAAGCUAUGGUGGUGAGACUUUGCUUUAAAAACAGAAGAGAAAAAAAAAAAACAAUCAAGCAAGCACAUAGGGAGGCUGGAAAGAUGGUUCAGACGUGCUUGUUGUGCACGCAUGAGGAGCCGGAGUCGGAUCCCAGAACCCACACGGAAAAGCUAGGCGUGCUAAUGCAUGCCUGUAAACGCAGAGAUGGGAAAGUGGUGACAGAGCAGGUCCCUGUGGCUUGGUCACCAGGCAGCUUAACCUAGUUGGUGAGUUCCAAGUCACCGAGAGCCCCUGUCUCAAAAUAAGGUGGACAGUGUUCCUGAGGAAAGACAAUGGAAGUUGCCCUCUGGUCUCCACACAUAUUUGAAUGUGCAUACACACAUACGCGGUCACACAUGAGAUAAAGAAAGAAAGGAAGGAUGAAACAGUAGUGAAGGUUCUCUCUGGACCUUCUGCUUGGAUGCAAUGUGUAUCUCUACACGACCGGCCCCCAUCUCAGUCCCGACAGCUUCUGAGUGGGAGCAUGGCGGUGCAGACCUGUCAUUAAUUCCAGCCCUCAGCAGGCUGAAGCAGGAGCAUGGAGAGUUUGUGAGCCAGACCCCCCCUUCACAAAAAGAAAAGGUUCCUCAGGGGCCUGCUGACUAUAAAAGGAAACUCUCCUUGCCGAAGUCCGACCUUCCCUGUUGUGUGCUCAGAGGGAAGCGCCUCUGACAACUUCUCCAUUCCCGGAGGAAGCUGGACCUGUGUUUCUCACAGAAGAAGAACCAGUGACUGGGAUGCUCAUGUUGUUUCCUGAUUGAAAGAAGGCAGAGUCCUGGCAGCCAUCUGUGUCAUCAGCCUCAGAUCUUCCACUACAAGGACAGUGGUCACAAAACCAAAUUUCUAAGCUGGUGGAGAUCAAUUUUGUCUGGCUUAUGACUGUUCAGUGUCUUGGUUUGUGUACGUUCCCAUACGUAACAGAACCUAAUAAAACAGC